AUGUUCAUAGUUUUUGUUUUACCGUUCGAAAUUCUUGUCUCGCCUCUUGUUGCUCGGUCUAAGACAAAAAGCUUCAAGCGCGUCGUUGGUGACACUUUAUUCCGAUUUGUAACGGAUACCCUCCCCGACGUAGAGCUCCAGUACUUUUUGGGUACUUCAGUAGGGAUCUAUUCUAAAUGGGCCAGAAAAGAGAAACUUCCUAUCACGAUUGACGAACUACAAGGCGAAGGAAAACUGUUGUGGAUUGGGCCGAAAAAAACUGAAAAAGUCAUCCUCUUUUGUCAUGGUGGAGCGUAUAUAGCUCCCUUGCAGAAUUUUAUGCUUCCUUUUUGGAGGUUUAUUCAACUAGAGCUUGAAAGACGAGGAUUGGAAGUUGGCAUCGCGAUAAUGUCGUACUCUGUCAUCCCUGUGGCACACUUCCCGACACCCCUCUGGCAAGCAAAUCAAGCAAUCAAGCAUUUGACCUUCGUUGAAAAUGUCAAGCCAUCGAACCUUCAACUUGUUGGUGAUUCAGCUGGCGGAAACCUUGUAUCCCAGAUACUCUCUUCCAUGCUUCACCCGCUAUUCUCUCCGCCAAUUAUUCCUCCCGGAACCCGUUUACGAGGGGCCUAUAUGAUGUCGCCCUGGAUUUCGAUGACAGGCGCAGGUUCUCAAGAGAGCAACGAAAUCCUUCCUUCAUUCGUUGAAAAUGAUCACACCGACGUACUCAGCACGAACUCUCUUGUUCGUUGGGGCGCUGACGUUCUCUCCGGGCUACAAAAUCCUUCCUUUGAUGUGCCAUUUGUGGAUCCCAUUCGUGCACCUUCUGAUUGGUACAAAGGGUUGUCGGAUGUUGUUGAAAGAGUACUUGUGUCCACUGGCGAAUUUGAAUGCUUGAGAGAUGCCGAUCGCAUUUUUUUCAAGGAGAAAAUUCAGCCGUGGCAUGGAAAGGCAGAAUUUUUUGAGCUCAAAGGAGGAGUACAUAAUGAUCCAUUUUUUGACUUUUAUGUGGGGGAUAGACCGUUAGGGGCGAGGCAGAAGUUAACACCAAUGAUCCUGGACUGGGUGGCGAAUGGCUUUGAAGAUGAUAAAGGAGAAGAAAAUUGA